ACACCACAGGAUGUGCCUGCAGGGUGGCCAGUGCUCUCAAGGUGGUGGGCCGCCAGAGUGGGGCAGGACACAUAUGCCCUCACCCUUCACUGGCGACCACUGCCCCCACACCUUGCCCACGGCAUCAUCAACAGGUAUCAGGUGGGCGGUGUGGUGAUGCCAGUUCGGGUGGUGGGUGGUGGCGUGGCAAGGGGCACUGUCUCCGUCGGGAUGGUUGGCGUUGAUGAGGUAGAGGCACGAGCUGCACUGCUCACACCCACUCUGGAGCAAGGCUUCCCGUCCUCCUCCACCCCAACUAGUGCCACUGUUACCUGGAGAUUGAGUCCUGCACCUGCCCACCAGAUCCACCGGUCCAAGCACAUCGAGGGGAUCUAUGUGCUGGGGUGUGAACGAGGCAGUGGCUUCAUCCAUCCUCGGAUACAACAACAGCUCCAGACCCACGACAUUUCCCUCCUGCACCAUCCACACUCCCACCACAGCCACAACCACGAGCCCGGCCCCACCACCCACACCCUGGAGCAAAGGGAGUCGUCCACUUCAGAGCAUGCGGAGUGGCCUGACAGUGGAGGAGGGCCCCACACCUCACUGGCAGAGGAGAACGUUGAGCACAUCCUCUUAGAAAAUGAGUCUGGGAGAAGCACUACAUCCUCCAACACCACUGUAGGGGAGGAGGGAGGUGAUGACUUCCCACUGCCACCCACCUGUUCCAACCUGAGAGUGAUGGGCCACACCCUUGUCCUGGCCAGGUCCUCCUUCCAGGUGGUGGGGCUCCAUCCCUUCACUUCCUACUGGUUCCUGCUCCUGCCUCACUACAAGGGUGUGCUGGGUGUGCCUUCCAACAUGCAGUCUUUACAACACCACAGGAUGUGCCUGCAGGGUGGCCAGUGCUCUCAAGGUGGUGGGCCGCCAGAGUGGGGCAGGACACAUAUGCCCUCACCCUUCACUGGCGACCACUGCCCCCACACCUUGCCCACGGCAUCAUCAACAGGUAUCAGGUGGGCGGUGUGGUGAUGCCAGUUCGGGUGGUGGGUGGUGGCGUGGCAAGGGGCACUGUCUCCGUCGGGAUGGUUGGCGUUGAUGAGGUAGAGGCACGAGCUGCACUGCUCACACCCACUCUGGAGCAAGGCUUCCCGUCCUCCUCCAC